ACAAACUCGCUGUCAGUUUAACACCAACGAUGCAUUCUGUAGCAACAGGAAUGCGGCGGAGUUAGAUAUGAAGAAUCAUCCACCCAAAACUUCACAAAAACACCUUUUGCUGGGAUACAAUUGCAGGGACUGAGCGCAUCAUGUUUUCUUAUGAAAUGCCGGUGGUCGUGCGAAGAUGAGUGUGUUCACGUUGCAGCCCGACAAAUGCUGAAGAAAUGGGUUGGGUCAAGUUUCGUCAGGAGUUUCUGAUUAAUUCAUGGCAUGUAAAUGAGCUGACCAGGUGUUUAGGUCGGCGCAAAGAAACGAGGAAACUGCAUAUGGUAUAUCCUACAGCGCAGAUCACACACUUUUAACUUUGUAUUCCUCUAAAACCCAUAUAGCCUACGCCAACAUCAUGACUCCCUCGACGUCCCCUCGCUCGUUCUCACAGAAGGAGCUAGCCCAGCAAUGCACCAAAGAUUCGUGUUGGAUAAUGUUAGGGACUCGGGUCUAUGAUGUGACGGAAUUCCUUCGAUUGCACCCGGGCGGAGAGGCUUUGAUUUUAAGUCACUCUGGGACGGACGUAAGCCGGUUGAUGGAUGGACCCCCGCAUCGACAUUCUGAGAACGCCCGACGGUGGAUGGAGCAAUAUUACAUAGGUGACUUGGACAGAAACAGUGCUGCAGAAACAGAGACCCUGAGGAAGAGGAAGACAUCCAAGAAUGAUGAGGAGAAAGAGCAGCCGUCAGCUAUCAGCUACAGUAGAGUUGACCCUGAGACGGACUUGGUGGACUGGCAGAAGCCUCUGGCGUGGCAGGUGGGGCACCUGGGCGAGAAGUACGAUGCUUGGGUUCACCAACCUGUGGACCAACCCUUACGCUUCUUUCAGUCUUCACUGUUGGAGGCCACCACCAAGACAUCCUGGUACAUGGUGCCUUUGGUGUGGAUUCCAGUGGUGUUAUAUCUCAGCUGGUAUUGCUGCACCUCCUUGGCAGAAGAAAAGACCAGAAUUUUCCUCACCAGAGAAUACUCCAUCAUGGUCCAUCAGUACAGUUUCCCCUUCCUGUUCCUCAUGGGCAUGUUUCUGUGGACCUUCAUGGAGUACUGCAUCCACCGCUUUGUGUUCCACAUGCGACCGCCCGCCCACAGCUAUUAUCUCAUCACCCUGCACUUCCUGCUGCAUGGCCAGCACCACAAGUCUCCAUUUGACCGCUCGCGGUUGGUCUUCCCCCCUGGGUUGGCCUCCCCGCUCAUUGGGGGUUGCUAUCUGCUCUUUUCCGCAAUAUUCCCCGAGGGGGUGAGUCUGUGCCUCUUCGCCGGGGGGCUGGGCGGCUACGUGGUAUAUGACCUCACCCACUACUACCUCCACUACGGCUGCCCCCAAAAGGGCUCUUACAUGUACAAGCUGAAGGCGUACCACGUCAAGCACCACUUCAAACACCAGAGAGCAGGUUUUGGCAUCACCACUUCAUUGUGGGACCACCCUUUCAACACUGCCUUCCCAGAAGAGCCUUCAGAACAGGGGACUCAGCACUCUCCGCCCUCUUCUUGGUUCCGCUUCCUGUUCUCCCUGCAGAUCAGACCCUUUCCUGCCAGGCACGUUGUCUGGUAGAAGGGCUCAUUUAUGGAAAUUUAUUUAGAAGAAAGUGAACAAGGAUAACGACAGAUAUUAAUAUCUGUAGAUGUUCAACUCUGUAAGGGGAAUGCUUCUGUAGUGUAGAGAACCAACAUGUAGAUCAGAAGUAAGCCCCUUCCUCUCACUGUGCAAUGAGCCGGAUCAUUGGAAGAAGUGGGUGGAGUGUAUUUGAAUUAGCUUCAUAUGCGGAGCUGUCUUGUUGGCAUUCAAAGAAGCGGUGGUAAUAACCCAAUAUAUGCAAAGACUGCUCUUUACCUACUCAAAGAAUAUUUUUUCUGGACACACUCCACCCAUUUUUUCUCACCAAUUUGCCAAGUGUGCCUUUUAAAUUAUUUUGGUGUGGUACCCACACCCCAUGUAUAGAACGCAGCACCUGAAUGUACACUUUCCAAAACUCUCACUUGCAACCCAUUGACUAUUUUACACACCGCAUACAAGCCUCAGAGUACUGCAAGAGAGUGCUGGCACCGAAUGGAGAAGAGGCCUAUCUCUCACCGAUUUGGAGAACUGAUACUGUGUUAACCCAAGGAAACCUCCCCAAAUCAAACCCACCCUAUCCAUGUCAGGCUAUUGUGGCCCAACUCUACAAACUUCUUUGUAUACUGUAAUCUGUAAAUGUCAUAGUUGAGCCUCACUCAAGUGACCUGUCUUGGCUAUAGGCAGCAGCAUAUUCACGAUAGGCACCUUUACUGACCGAUUCACUAGGGAACCCUCUUUUCAAUAGGAUAUGAUUCUAAUGCUCUAAGAUUCGUAUUUUCCCUGUCUAGUUUGUGGGUAGGAACACUGACGAGGCUCUGCCAAGUUUGAUCAAACAUGUGAUCCCUCCCACUCCUUGCUGGCCAGCAUCCCUAUGCCCUCUGUUAGGCCCGAAUUGUUUGGCUGGGCUGAGAAAUCAAGAAGUCAAAUCAAGUUUGUGUUUAUUCAAAAAAAUAAAUUAAAAAAUUCUCUUUAUUGUGGAAGAAUUCUGACAAAUUCCUUCUUUGUACAAAAUUAAGACUGAAUUUUCUAAACCUGUUUACUGCUCAAUAUUUUUUUUUGAAAGUAUUUGUUGUAGUUCUUUGUAAGUAAAUGUAUAUUUCUGAGAACUGUUUGUAUUUUUUGCUUUCUAAGACCAUGCUGUGACAUGGUCGUAAAUUCUGUUUAUUAAUCUUUAAUCUUGUGCAUUGUACACAGAACAAUGCAAUGUAAGAUGUAAAACUAAGGAAUAAAUUAAUUUUCCUAAAAACA